GGCUCCACCACUCACGGAGGGGAGUGUGUGUGUGCCUCUGUGUGGAGGAUGGCGAGGAGGAUGCAGAUAGACUGUGGCUUUUAGCCUUUUACUAGCAUUGACGCUCCAGUCAGGCCACCACCAUCGUGGAAGAGAAAGAGAAAGACAGACCACGCUAUCAAGUUAGCUGGCUAACCUCAGACCUUCAGCCCGCUGCGUGAGGACCACAAGCCCAGCCCUCCACGCCGGCCCGCUUCCACCACCCAGGCUCUAUUAGGUGGGCCCCCUUUCAUCUCCAGCCCUGGUCAGUGGAGAUUGACUGCAGCGCGGGAUCCUCACUGUUCUGGCUUCCCUGUCAUGGCAUCAAACAGCAUCUUUGACUCCUUCUCCAACUACAGCAGCAGUCUACUCAGAGAGCCGCCCACCACCAGACGGUUCACGCCGCCCUCCACGUCCUUCCCCUGCAGUAAGCUUGGAGACGGCAACGGGGCCAUGGCCACCCCGGGGCCCCUCAGGUCGAGAGCGGACUCUCGGAACGUGGUGGACGUCCUGGCGGACCACGCUGGCGAGCUGGUCAGGACCGACAGCCCCAACUUCCUCUGUUCCGUCCUCCCGUCUCACUGGAGGUGCAACAAGACGCUCCCCGUGGCUUUCAAGGUCGUGGCUCUCGGUGAUGUCCCCGAUGGGACUCUGGUCACUGUGAUGGCCGGCAACGACGAGAAUUACUCGGCCGAGCUGAGGAACGCCUCUGCCGUGAUGAAGAACCAGGUGGCUCGCUUUAACGAUCUGCGCUUCGUGGGCAGGAGCGGACGAGGAAAGAGCUUCACUCUGACCAUCACCGUGUUCACCGGACCGCCACAAGUGGCAACCUACCACCGCGCCAUCAAAGUCACCGUAGAUGGACCCCGAGAACCGCGCAGGCACAGAGUGAAGAUAGAAGACACCCAGAAGAUGCAGUUCUCGGACAGGCUGUCAGAGAUCGAGCGCUACCAGCGGUCUAUGCGGAUAGGCCCAGUGAACAAUAAUCCCCGCCCCAUCCACCAAACCCACCUAAGCACCACACAAGCCCUGUGGCAGGAGCAGAUGGACACCCCCACACUGAAGACAUGCAAGGUGGAGGAGGACCUGAGACCAUGGCCAGGGACCCCAGAUCUCUUCAACCAGAGGACCAGCUUUCCGUCUCUGUCGCCGCUGACUGACCCUCGCUUCUCAGACCCCCGCAUGCACUACCCUGGGGCCUUCCCCUACUCCACCAACACCUCCAGCACUGGCAUCAGCGGCCUCAGCAUGUCAGCCUCUUCUAGAUACCACACCUACCUGCCGCCACCCUACUCAAACAACCAAAGCCAGAACUUCCAGUCCAACUCCUACCUGUAUUAUGGCACAGGCUCUGGAUCCUACCAGUUCUCCAUGGUGGCGCCGGGGAACACCGGGGGUGAGCGCUCCCCCACCCGCCUGCUGUCCUGCUCGGGGGCCACAGGCACCGGAGGGACCAACAGCUUGAUGAACCCGGGUCUGAACAACCAGAGCGAGGGCGUGGAGGCCGAUGGCAGCCACAGCAACUCCCCCACUGCCAUGAGCGCCUCAGGCCGUUUGGAUGAGUCCGUCUGGAGGCCUUACUGACUGUCAGACAGCUAGACAAUCAGAAGCUGCAGAAGAAGUGAGGGAAGAAAAGUAAAGAGGAUGAUGAACAAAAAAAAGAACACUGAAAAGCAAAAAAAGACGAAAAAAAAGAGAAAUGCUGCAUGUUUGUCUUUAAUUUCUCCAGCAAUCGCUUUAAAGGCUUUCUCUGUUUUUCCAACUCUCUCAAGACUGACAUGUAUUUAGUACAUUUUGAAUAAACUCCUGCACUGUGCUAAAUCAUGUACUCUUAAAAGGACUAUAAAAGCCAUAGAAGUUGAGGUGUUCAGCUGAAGCUGUAAAUAGACGUGAGGGUAAAACCAGGGAAGCCACAGUAAUGUUUCAGGAUCAUUUGCCAGAUACUUGUGAAAACACAAAAGAACAAAAGACAAUGGAGGUAUCAAUCAUUACAGCUGAUGAACUGAAAACACAGAAAGACAAUCAUCAAACAGACUGUUCGGACUGAUCCAACUCAUUUGGUCGGUGAAGACCAGCAGUUGGACUGGCUGUUUGCUUCUCGGGUGACUUCGACAUCCUUCCAGGCAUGGCUGCACUGCUGUAGCAAUCGGCCCUUUUAAGCUUUAAAUUUCUGUAAAAGUUUAAUAUAGCGAACACAUUGUGUCAUUUGGAUCCAGGGCUGUUACAUGUACUUAUGCAGUACCUUAUUGCCUAAUUUAUUAUCCAAAUGGAGACAGCCUUUGGUGCUACGGUAUGUGUUGGAUGUCUUCAACGCAAUCGCUGCAUCUUUAAAAGAAAAGCUUUUUUUCCUGUCAGAACUCACAUGUUUAAGACGUGAAUUCUCUUCUGCUAUGUCAUCAGUGUAUUGAGUUUCAUCAGAACAAUGGCUGAUAUUUUGAGGAAUGUAAAAGACUAAUGCAGAGGGGUGUUUAUUAGUUUCCUUUUUUCUGCAGGAAUAUUUAAAUCCUGCUGGCGCCAACUUUACAUUUUCCUUACAUUUCUUAUCCAAGCCCUUUUAAUGGAAGAAAAAGACCCCUCCUAUUCUAGUAUUUUGGAACUGGAUGACACGGUUUACUUUUAAUAUUUAUUUGAGCCAAAUUGUGAGGAAAUGUCCGCAUAUACCCAAAAUCCUUAAGCAUUUCUCUCUUGCUUUUCUUUUUUAUACACACACACACACACACACACACACACACACACACACACACACACACACACACACACACACACACACACACACACACAGUAUAUUUGCCUUAUUUUGUUGUUAAGUAUAAAUUUGGAAUUUGUGUAAUAUAUUGCAACUAAAUUAUAUUAAAAAAACCUUUAAUGUAAUUAUUUUGUCUUCCAAUGAAGCUUUGAUGCACUAAACACCUUUAUUCCUAUGAACCACGCCCAACAAUUCUGUUAGUAAGAUGGUGUAUCUAGAGCCGUAAUCCUCUAAACAAUUUCCAAAUUGCCUUCCUGCGCUAAAAAAGCCAUUUGCUUAAUUUUUGCACUAUGUUUGAAUUUACUUCUUUUUUUUUUGGUUUGGUUAUGUAUUUACAAAUAUCUGAAACUCUGCCUAACUAAAUAUGAAUUAUUUCUUCAAAUGUAUUUGCUAAACACACUUAAAGUGUCCUUUUAAAGAAAUCAUUUGCAAAGUAAUUAAUGAUGUCAUGAUUAGACACACACAAACACACAAACACACAAACACAAACAUACACACCAACGUGUGUGUGUGCACAUUCCCCCUGUCCAGAGGGCUUUUCCCCAGCAGUUACACAUGUGAGCCCUAUAUCCCUGGGGGAGGAAGAGUGUGAGGAUAAAGGGAUAGAAGGAGGAGGUUGGGUCAGAGUAGAGUGGUAUCUUCUUACCAACACCAAGGGCAGUUAUGCAAAAAAAAAAAAAACCUUCCCUUGUUGUG